AUGUACACCUCCUCUCAAGUAAUUGUACGGUACCUCGAAGUCACAUAUGGUCCAUUCAAUGGCAAAUGUACAUUAGCAUCCCUCAUUAAAACCAUCAUCGGCAGUGGUGGCACGAACUCUCAUGUCCUAGUGAAAUUGGAAACUGAGAAACACGCAUCAGCGAACUCUUCACGCUUUGAGAGAUACGACUGGCUCAUCGGAUGCAAAGUAUGGUUUAGUAAAGAGGUCGAACACGACGUGAUACCCACUGGUUGCUAUGAAUUGCUGGAGAGUGAACAAGCUGACUUGUUUUUAAGGACUCAUGAACGGAAAGGCAGUGAUGUUGUCAUGACGCAGCCACCUAUAAAGCAGGAAAAUGAUAUAUAUCACGUUAUGGAAGAAGCUCUGGCCCUGGUUGAUAGCAUCCCACACCACAAAAUCGAAACAACACCCAUCCUACAAAAGGCGUAUGAGGACGCCUUCACCAAAAUAGAACGACUUACAACAACAAAUCAACGACAUUCAGUAGUAUCGCAAACCGCUGUAAUCGCCUCGUGCGUAAAAAUCCUGAUUGAGUUGUAUCAAGUAUCACAGGCGACUUUCGACAAACCAGAGAAGCCACCAGCACCUACCAAACAAGGUGAUCCGAGCACAGCCAGUCAGUUUGAGCAUCCGUCCCGAUUCUGGAGAGCCGGAGGGUAUUCCCCCAACUACGUCUACCUGAACGAUGGCCAACCGACUCGAACCAACUUGCAGCACAAACUUCGAAUGAAGUUCUAUGAUACAUGGCUGCAUACUCCUCGUGUGGUAGACACAGCUGACGUUGAAAAGAUCCUACAAGAAUCCUGUGAUAGCAAACCACGAUUAGGUGAUUCCAAAGAAUGGGUAAAACCAUCGACAAGUCCAAUACGAACUCGACUACGACACGAAUACCACCUUGACCAGUGA